AUGUCUAGUAGUGUAAUUUCAAAUGAAAAUGAUAACAAUUUCUCAGAUGUUUCUUCAAUUUCUUUAGCAACUGAAGAAGAUUCCAAUAUAAUAACUCAAUGUAUUAAUGCAUGGAAAGAAAUUCAACAUAAAACUCAGGAAGAAAUUGAAAGUAAGAUCAAAGAAUAUUUAGAAACUCCAAUUCCAAUACAAGGUUUUUUGCAGAUUAAUCAGUCAUGA